AGCAUGUUUUAGAGUUGAUUCCAGACAGUUGUGAUUACUACUUGUAGCGAAGAGUACCCUCCAAUUAGACAAAUGAUGAUUCGUUUAGUAUUCGUGGUGUUGUACGUGUUAGUUCUAAUGGAGGGUAGUGUGGCUCAACAAAUUCCUCCGAAAUCUGGUCCUAGCAAGGAACACUAUCACAGUAAAAACCAUCUGUCAAUAAAACCAACGAAAAACGCAAUAAAAGACGAAGAACUGCGUUCCGAGUAUUGGCACGACGUAGCUCAACAAAUGCUCAGUGAAAAACUACAACAGAAGACUUCCAUUCAGACAGCAAAAAAUGUCAUCUUCUUCAUUGGUGACGGAAUGUCCCCGCAAACAGUGGCCGCUACCCGAAUGUAUCUUGGUAAUGAGAACGAAUAUCUGUCGUUCGAGAAGUUUCCACACCUGGGUCAGGCCAAAACUUAUUGCGUCAACCGGCAAGUUCCAGAUUCAGCCUGUACAGGGUCUUCUUAUCUGUCCGGUGUGAAAAUCAAUUACGGAAUGCUUAAUUUGGCUGCAUCGAUCCCGAGAUACACCUGUGAGUAUGACAAAAGCGAUAAAACGGAAAUCGAUGGUCUGAUGAAGUGGGCCCAGGACGCCGGAAAGGCGACGGGAAUUGUGACGAACACUCGAGUGACGCACGCUACACCAGCGGCUAGCUACGCGUACAGUGCAAAUGGAUACUGGGAAGGUGACCAAGAUGUGAUAGACGGUAAAUGUGAUCCGCUAAAAACAAUAGAUAUUGCACGGCAGAUGAUUUACAACGAGGUACCGAAAAACUUCAACGUAAUUCUUGGCGGAGGAAGAAAAUACUUUUUGCCCCGAGAGGAAAAAGAUGAGGAGGGAUUUCACGGAAGUCGGUUAGAUGCUAAAAAUCUUCUGAAAGAAUGGAUGAACAUUCAUUCCGGAAUGGGUGAAUCUGCAUAUGUUUGGAACAAGACAGGAUUAGUGUCCGUUGAUUUCAACAAAACAGAUUACUUGCUGGGUCUUUUCGAAUCGAGUCAUUUGCUGUACAAUUUGGAAGUCCAGCAGCAGAAUUUGGAUGAUAUGGAACCAUCACUAGCCGACAUGACGGAAGCUGCCAUAAAGAUGUUGCGGAAGAGUGAGGACGGGUACGUACUGUUUGUGGAAGGUGGUCACAUCGACACCGCUCAUCAUGAAAGCUGGACACGGUUGGCUUUGGACGAAACGGCAGAGUUUUCGAAGGCAAUUGCACUUGCCCGCGAGUUAACCAAUCUGGACGAUACCUUGAUUGUGGUUAGUUCGGAUCACAGUCACACGAUGACCUACAAUGGUUACGCAAGACGUGGUCAGGAUGUGUUGGGCAUCGCAGAUAUCAGCGAUAUCGACCACCUGCCAUACACAACUCUGAGCUACGCCAACGGACCUGGCUACAACGGAACCUACAACCCGGACAAUCCAACCGAACGGUUAAACAUCUCCGAGUAUGAUUUCACCCUGUACAAUCUGCGCUAUCCAGCGACUGUUUUGAUGGCUGCUGAAACCCACGGCGGAGAGGAUGUCGCUGUGUAUGCUUCGGGUCCGCAAUCACACAUCUUCAUUGGAAACUAUGAACAGCACGCGAUACCGCAGCUGAUAGCGUUCGCAAGCGAGAUCGGAGAUUACGCGGAACCUUCGGAUCCCGAUGACGAUGGAGGUGCCGGCCAUUUGCUGGCAUCGUUCGCUUUAUUGCUGCUACCGAUUGCCGUGAUUGGGCUUGUAAGCUAAUAUAGCAGCUAGUAAGAAGAGUCUAUUUCGGUAGACAAUAGAUGUGAUAAUGCCGAGGAAUUCAAUAAAGUGUGUAGAUAAGUUUAAUAGAAAAGUAUGCUACUAUCUUCGAGCAUUCGUUGAACGAAUGACGAUUUUUGACAAUCAAUCAUUCUCAUCACGAUAGUUAAAUCUUGAUAUGAAGGGAACAUAUGUACUGGUGGUUUUACAAUGACAACUAAAAAGUAAAAUGUUGGGCAUAUUGAAUAAUGUAAUCAGGGGGUAGCGGACACCCUAGAUUCUUUUGGAGAUAAGUCAAACAAAUGGAUCAAACUAACGUUUCGACGAAGCGAACA